AUGCUCCCAUCUGAUGUUCCUUGCAUGAACGCCAACUCUGCGUCCAAACAGCAAGGGCUAAAGAGAAAGAGGACUAGUACUACUGCUACCAUGGCAAAUAACUCGCACUCUACUAAAGAGCAUGUAGUGGCGGAAAAGAAAAGAAGAGAGAAGCUUAACCAAAGGUUUAUAGCUUUGUCUGCUAUAGUUCCAGGCCUAAAAAAGGUGGACAAGGCUUCAGUUCUUGGGGAUGCCGUAAAGUACUUGACACAGCUUCAAGAGAAGGUGAAAACACUUGAGGAACGAACUACGAAGAAAACAGUAGAGUCGGUAAUCUUUUUGAAGAAAACUCAAAUGUUUGCCGAUGAGAAUGACUCAUCUUCCUCGAGUGAGAACUCCGUCGCUGGACUCAUUAAUGAUGAAACACUACCUGAGAUUGAAGCAAGAGUUUCGCACAAGAAUAUUUUGAUAAGAAUUCACUGCGAAAAACAUACCGGAGUGUUGGUUAAAAUACUUUCACAGAUUGAGAAUCUACAUCUUUCUAUUAUAAGUUCAAAUGCCAUCCCAUUUGAUGAUGAUUCAUCUCUCGCUAUAACUAUAACGGCACAGAUGAAUGCUAAAUAUAGUAUGACAGUAAAGGAUCUUGUUAAGAGCCUGCGGUCAAUUGUUUAA